GAAAAAACUAUGGAAUUACCAGUUAUUUUAUAGUCAUAUUUAUCUUUUUGUUUACUGCAUUUGCUACUCAUUUGAAACGUGAAGAAGCUUCUUGUACACACGAUUGCACCAUCUAUAAAGUAUGCCUGGAAGUGGUCGAAAGUAUGGGGUUCAGGUUGGAAAUGAAACAUAUUCUCUAAUUAUGACUCAAGAGGAUUGGGAAAAGAGAAGAUUAGAACGAGAACAUGCGAAAAAACUUUCUUUGGCUACCAAUAAAAGACGAAGAGCACUGGAAGACCGAAAAAGACUGGCUGAGAGAAGAGAAAAUAGAAAAAGGGAACUUGAACUUUUCAAAAGACGCCAACGACAAAUUGAAGCAACAGAGAGAUAUCAACACUUUCGCAUCAAUGCAAAAGAUAGAAAAGAUCAUACUGCAGAACUUACUCAAACGAUACCAAGUCUUGAGGAGAUUUUGCAGAGAGUAAGAGGAGGUGACGGAGAUGGUGUCAAUUCAACUGUGACAUAUCAAGAUUAUGCAAAAUCGACUCCUACAUCAUUGCAUCAACCUCGACAAUAUGAAAACCAAACACCGAACCAAACAACACGAUCAACUCCACAAACAGCAAAGGAGUUUUCUGAAGAUAUAAAUCGUGAAAUACUUGAGUUAAAACAUGCAGAAAGUGGAUUACAACAGGAUGUCAACUUGCUGGAUGAUAAUGAUGGUCAAGAUUCACUGCAUGGAAGUUCACUUUCUGGUUCUUCAUCUGUUUCAACUAACUACAUAAAGAAAUAUGAUAAUUCUACUAAUAGUACUAUCAGCAGUGAUUUGAAAUUUCAGCAUAAAAACAAUCAUCAUAUUGCAACAGAACAUAAAAUACCUCCAUCGCCUCAAUUGCAAAAUACAAAUUACACCAAUGCUGCUCUGACUACCUAUGUUGAAAAUAAAGAGCCACCUAAUACAAGUGUUUCAGAAGCAAAUGGCAAACCUAUUAUGCAUAGUUUUGAGACUGGUGUGCUUUGCAAAAGAGAUGCUACGACAGGCCGAAUAACAUAUUAUGUGAAAUCGUACAGGCCUUGGAGUGCGGGAAUGACAAAUAAAUCACAGAAGACUAAUUCGUUCAACAAUAUUACUGAAUCACUGAAUAUACGCUCUAGAUCAUCUUACGAAGAAUCUAAACCUAACCUACCAAUUUCUCCAACCAAAACUUCACAAAAACAUUUCGAAUCAUGGACUUCGAGUGCUGGGUAUAUAAUUCACAACAAAACACCUAUUGUCCUCCAUCAGUCAAGAAAACCUACGCAACAGCCCCGAAAAGUUCCAGAAACACCUUAUAUUGAUAUUAAACCUUCGCAGACUUCUGCAUCCAUUCGUAGAGGAACAACGUCAACCCCUGUAAGUCCAUUUUUUAAUGAAGAACAAAACCAAAAAAAUGCAGUUGUAACUUCAAGUAAAGACCCUACAGCGAUUGCAAAUACUUUUGAAAUGAGACAAGAAAAUACUCCUGCAGCUACAAAAAAAAUCAGUGUGACUAAAAUUGGAUUCAUAACCUCACCUGAUAAUGUAAUAGGCCAGAAGACGCCCAAAAAUGACAAGAUUGAUGAGCAAUCUGAUGACGCACAAUGUGAUCAGGAUGACAACAAGAAAGAAGGAAUUGCACUGAAAGGAAUUUUACGACGAUACUCCAAAUAUGACAGUGAAUUGCGAAAUGCGUUCGCACGUCCAGCUUAUCAGUCAGCCGGUAUUGCGCGUCAGAAAUGGCUACAUGGAAUCAAUGUUAUUACAACUGAUGACAGAGACAGGAACAGAAAUCGUGCUCGUUCUGCAGAAACAAAAAGUGUAAGAUGGCAUCAAGUACAAUACAAUGAUGGAACAUCGUCCGCACUUGAUAUGCAUGAAAACACUCCUGUACAGUUUCAGGCAUCACCAGUACCCAAACCGCAGGUAGUGAGAAAUUCGGAAAAAUCUGUCAAACAAUCUUCAAAAAAAAUUCCAGUUCGACCCAAAACAUCCCCUGCAAGGGCAAUAAAAGGUGGUAAAGGAAGAGGUAGCGGCAGAAAAUUUUAUCAAGCCAAAGAAGUUUCUGUAAAGAUCCAACCUCAUCCACCCCCACAAAAAAAAUCACCAAAUUUGUCAAUGUCUACGUGUAUAAAUUACUCUAUAGAUCCAAAUGAAGAUUCCAAACCUUCUAGAGAUGUUAAAGCUUCACCGGGAGAAAUUUUUGUCAAUAGUGCAGGUGUCACUCGUCAACGUUCGCCUGCCGCUAAUAACAACAAAAGAGCAUCAGUAUUACAUAAUAAGAUAAUGUUUCAUCGGAAAGGAAAACUCGAUAACAGAGGAGAAGCUGUAACAAUGAGUACUUUGAAAAGUCAGGGGAACUUAUCGCAACCAAGUGAUGAAAUCAGAAAUGUCAAUCGAGGAAAUCAGGUGACAAUAAAUGUUACAAGUUCAAAACCCAUAACCUAUGGAAGUAGUUCAUGGAGGAAAAAUUUGUCUACUGAUAUAACACAUAGAAUACCUUUGAAUGGUACGCCCACAGACCAAGAGAUUGAUUUGUUAUGGGAUAAGGUUAGAGCAUAUUUAGCAUGGAAUAAAAGUCGAAUUACAAAUAAUCCUGCUUCAGUAAAGAAUGAUUAUGGUACUUCAGAAAGGAAAAUAGCUUGGGGCUCAUCUCAACUUGAUACAUCUUCAAAACAAAUUUCUGCGAAUAUUAUUUCAAUUGAUGGUGGAAUUUUCAGUAAAAUUUCCAAACCCGAAGACCAAAGUUUCCAAACACAUAGUAAAACGCAACAAUAUAAAGGUAACGGAACACAAAAGAUGCAAUCGAAAUUGGAAAAGCACAGAAUUUCAAAAAGCGCAAAAAAUGUGAAUUCCUAUUCGUCACAACAACAAUAUGGUGGUCAGGACUUCAGACCUUGGAGCGCCCGUGGAUCACAACUACAAGAAAAGGUUGGAGGGACAAUACCAUUGGUCACCAAUGUGGAUCCAGCAUUUGCAACAAUGCGCCGACAGCAACUUACGGAAAGUGUGAAGACUUUCCGUCUUGUAGAAGCUCUAAUUGAACAAAAUGUUCCAGAGGAACAAAUCUUAAAAGCACUUGACUCGUUACAAACUGCAACUCGUGAAAUUUGAUUUUUUUUUCAUUAUCAUUAGCUUCUCUACGUCCUUAAAUUCCUAUUCUGUAUUUAAUAAUAGUUGCUUAUUCAAGUGAAACUGUGAUUUUACCAAGUAUUUUUAUGUUAUCAUUAAUAUGUAAAUGUACUAGAAUGAUGGCUUCCGGUAAUAUAAACAAAUGGUACAAAAAAUGAUUUUUUUUAAAUUUAUUGGCGCGUGAUAAUUUGUCUCAAUUCGAGCCAUGUUCUGUAGUAAUCAGAUGUGUUUCUGGUGCUUGUACUCAAAUAAUGGCUAAAUCAUGCAUUAAUCAUGUUUGCGCCCGUGGUAAUGGCCCAGAUGUGAAUAGUUAUUCAUGUGGGAGAUUUUCGCAAUUUCUAAAAUGACGAACACUAGUGAACCCAGUUAUAAAAAGACCUAAAUAUUUGAAGGAUUACCACUGUGAUUGAAUAAUAUUAUUUUAUAUUGUGUGUACAAACUCGUUCGCAACUACCCUAAUUUUAUUUCCCCUAUGAGCUGGUGUGUACAAUGCGAGCAAUUAUCUAUAGGAAACCUUGUUCUAGUUUGAGGGGACGAUGUGCAUUUUGAAUAAGAGAGUCUGUCACGGAGCUUGUUUAAUGUCCGUCUUUACAUUGUAAUAUACAUUUCUAUGUUAUCUCAUACUAUUAUGCAGACACAUUAUAUAGACUGUUUUUGCCGGUUCCAACUAAUAUGUAGACAUUCUAAAUUGCAUUAUGGGACCCCCGGUCCUACCCAUGAAAUAUUUAUUUCCUUCUUCGCCGGCUAGACUUGAGGUCGGAUGCUAUUUGCUAUUUAUUCCACUUGGCGAGUUUCUGUUUUCACCAAAAACCAAUUCGGAAUCUUAGGUCUUCCGAUCGCGACACAACGACAUAUAUAUAUUUUGUUAGGUCGACAGCUUGCUAUGUUUUCUGUAUUAUAUACAUGAUUAAUUAAUUGUGUAAUGUAUUAUUCAUUAUCCAAUGAGUUAUACAGUGAUAAACAGUGGGAGCUAACUAUUUUUUUGUAAUUUUCUUGCGCUAUGCUUCAACCUGUUGUCUUUUGUUUUCAUGUCGUUGCACGUGAGGCACAGUUGAACAUUUUACAUAAGAACCGUGAAAUCAUUACCCAGGUCUUGGUAAGUAUUUAAUGCGCUUCUACCGUUUUUUUUUUCAAUUUUAACCUGCAUUUCCAAUAUUGCUGGCGGUUCAUGCCAGAUAGUGUUGCAACCAAAUGCACUAUUAAAGACCUCGUGAAUAAGUAAUCUCGUAAAAUUGCAUCUUCUGCUUCAUAGUUUUUAGAUAAUAAAAUCAUGAAAAACAAA